AACCUACUCUUCUAGUGCAUCUCUUGCCGUUUAACUAGUCGAAUUCUUGUUGGCUACAAAAGCACAAUUUCCAUUGAUCAACGGCAACAACCUUAGGAAUCCGAUUGUUGGUUCCACUCCAAUUGCUUAUGGGUCGCGGCAGAAGUAUCAAUGGGUUCCUUGUUUUUCCCAUCGCAGUGAUCUUCUUCUUAUUUUGCACGGGAUUCUCCCACGCAGUAGAUACCUUAUCGCAGGGCCAAUUAAUAAGGGAUGUCGGCUGGGAAAGGCUAAUUUCUGAAAGUGAGAUAUUCAUAUUAGGAUUCUUUAGUCCUGGCCCUACUGCCAACCGCUACGUUGGAAUAUGGUAUUACAAGAUCGCAAGACAAACAAUUGUAUGGGUUGCUAACAGAGAAAGGCCGCUCGCCUAUUCAACUGAUACAGCUCUUACAAUCGACACUAGUGGGAAUUUGGUGAUUUUGGAUGGGGAAGGGAGCUCCCUUGUCAUAGGAGCUUCAGCUUCCGACGCAAGAAAUACAAGCAUCAAGCUCUUGGAUAAUGGGAACCUUGUAUUAAGAGAAGGAAGAUCCGAUGACGACGGAGGACGGGUCUUGUGGCAAAGCUUUGAUUACCCCACCGAUACUUUUUUGCCUGGCAUGAAGCUUGGGGUGAAGAAAGAUCUCUGGGACCGCCGGAACCUUCUUACUUCAUGGAAGAGCAUUAAAGACCCUGCUCCUGGGGUUUUCAAUCUUGGGCAGGCUCCGAAUGGUUCAGAUGUGUUGUCAAUUCUACAAGGGCAGAUGAUGUACUGGACUAGCAGGCCAUGGAGCGAUCAUCCUUUUGGCCUAAAUCAUGAAUCAAGAUCUUCAUACGAUUACAAAUUCAUUUCAAAUGGAAACAUCAACUAUUUCGCUUACUCAGUUAAAAACAAUUCAAUACUGUCAAGAAUUGUUUUGAGUUUGAUGGGCCAGCUUGAGCAAUUCACGUGGUCGGAGGAUACCCAUGAUUGGGAAUUGGUCUGGUCGCAACCACAAGAUCUUUGUAAAGUUCAUGCUCUAUGUGGGGCAUUUGGAAUCUGCACCUCAAAAAGAUUGCCUGCUUGCGAAUGCCCACAAGGUUUCGAACCAAUGUUUCCAGAAUAUUGGAAUUUGAAUGCUUGGAACAGCGGGUGCCAGAGGAAAACCAAUUUGCAAUGCAGUAAUGUAAAUUCGGUGAAUGAAGAAAAAGAUGUGUUCUUGACAUUGCCCAGAAUGCAAAGGCCAGUAAAUUCGCAGAGUUUGGAAAUUGGGAGUAUUGAUCAAUGCGAACUAGCCUGUUUGGGGAACUGUUCUUGUACUGUGUAUGCUUACAACACUGGCAAAUGUUUCAUUUGGAAUGGAAAUCUGUUGAAUCUACAAAAAUUAUCUGACGGUAGUGAUCUUCGCCUCCGUCUUUCAGCUUCCGAGCAGCUGAACUUUCCAGAUGAAGGUAAGGAACGACUUUCAGAUGAAGGAAACAAGAAGCAUUCAUGGGUAAUCAUUGCUGUAGUAGUCGUUACGGUUGUUCUUCUGUGCGCCUCAAUUCUCUGCUAUUUACAGUUGAAAAGGCUAAAACGAAACGAGAAGAAGAGACAAGUCCAAGAGCUGUUUUCAUUGGGAUUGGAUGAUAAUCCAACGUCUACCAGCACGUAUGCCCAUGCAAAUGAGAUUGGUGAAACUAGUGAGAGGGAUCAAGAGUUGCAAUUUUUCACUUUCACUACAAUAGCAGCGGCUACCGGUAAUUUCUCUGCUGCAAACAAGCUUGGAGCAGGAGGGUUUGGGCCUGUUUACAAGGGUAAAUUGCUCAAGGGACAAGAAAUAGCAGUGAAAAGGCUCUCCAGUGCUUCAGGACAAGGACUGAAAGAGUUCAAGAACGAGAUUAUCCUCGUCGCAAAGCUUCAACACAUGAAUCUUGUUAGGCUUUUUGGUUAUUGCAUCAGAGGAGAAGAAAAGAUACUGAUCUAUGAAUACAUGCCCAACAAAAGCUUGGAUUCCCACCUCUUUGAUCCAACCACUGAAAAUCAAUUAGAUUGGGGGAAACGAGUUCACAUCAUUGAUGGCAUUGCUCAAGGUCUACUCUAUCUUCAUACAUACUCUAGACUGAGGAUCAUCCACAGAGACCUAAAACCCAGCAACAUUCUUUUGGAUGGUGACAUGAACCCUAAGAUAUCCGAUUUUGGAAUGGCAAGGAUCUUUGGACGCAACGAAUCCCAAGCAAAUACUAAUAGGGUUGUUGGGACAUACGGUUAUAUGUCGCCCGAGUAUGCCAUGCAGGGUCUUUUCUCGGAGAAAUCUGACGUCUUUAGCUUUGGAGUUUUACUAUUAGAAAUUGUGCAUGGCAAGAAGAACAUUUACUUCAAUCAUUCAGACCACUCUCUAAAUCUCCUCGGAUAUGCAUGGGAGUUGUAUAAAGAGGGAAGGGGCAUCGAGUUGAUAGAUCGAAGGUUGAGUGAUUCACUCCCUUCUUUUUCUUCUUUUGAAGUUAGUAGAUACAUUCAUGUGGCGCUUUUAUGUGUGCAAGAAAGAGCGAGCGAUAGACCCACCAUGUCCGAUGUUGUUUUUAUGCUUAAAAAUGAAACCGCCACUCUUCGUGAUGCUAACCAACCUGCCUAUCUCAUCGGAGGAAGCAUCGAAGAGGUGAAUUUGCACUCAAGUGGGAAGGGAAGUUGUUCUGUGAAUGAUGAAACUGUUUCUAUUAUAGAAGCACGGUAGCGGAUCUACACAAAUGUGGUUGUAAUUUUUUGCACUAAGAUUAUUUUAGGUGCCACUAUUUCCACCAUUUUCUUCAGCUUUGGAAAUACAAUCACAAUACAUUGUAGCAUUGUAUCAGUGGAAGUAGGAAAAUUAGGGUUCAUCUCUAAAAAGGUCCACGUAAAUUUCGAUUUCCUUAUGAGAUCUCUUCAUUCCUUUGUUUUUCAUUCUAGUACGUUCUUUAGGUUUUUGCUUUUUCUUUUGUUUUGUUUUUUUUUUUUUUUUUUUUCAUGCAUCCAAAAUCAUCACCAUGAUGAAUGUAGCUCAUUUCUUGUAAGUAAUAAAAGAAAUGUUCACAUCCACAGCAAUGGACA